AUGAUCCUGCACGCCAACACGCCCGCAGCAGUGCUGCCGCGCGCCAACCGCCACCCACGCUGUGCUGCACGCCAGCACCGCCCACGCUUUCAGUGGCUGCACGCCAGCACCACCCACGCGGUGCAUACGCACCAGCCUGCCACGCUCUCGCACUCAGCACCACCCACGCGCAUUGCACGCACGCCAGCCUGCGCUGUUGCUGCACGCACCAGCACCGCCCGCUGCAUUGGCUGCACGCAGCACCACCACGCUUUCGCCAGCUUUCACGCACCAGCCGCCACCACGCGCGUUUCUUCCGCAUCGGCCGCCGCCACCACUCGUUCCUGCCUGCACCGCGUGCUGCGCUGCCCGCCGCCCACGCUUAUGCACGCCAGCACCACCCACGCUGUGCUCACGCACCAGCCGCACCGCCCACGCUGUUUUCUGCGCACCAACCACCACACUUCUGUUUCUGCACCAGCACCUGACGCGCAGUGCUUUCACGCCAGCACCACCCACGCUGUCCUGCACGCAGCACCACCACGCUGUUUCUGCACCGACACCACCCACGCUUGUGCUGCACGCCAGCCACCACCCGCUGUGCUGCACGCGCAGCACCACCUGCUCACCAGCACCACCCACGCUGUGCUGCGCACCAGCACCACCCACGCUGUUAACCGCGCCAGCACCGCCACGCUUGGCUGCCGCGCCAGGCACCGUACGCUGUUUUCUGCGCGCGCCAGCACCACCCACGCAGUUCACUCACCGCCACCCACCGCCGCUGCAUUGGCUGCGCGCGCCAGCGCCGCCCACAGCGUCAUCGCCGACGCCACGCCCGCAGCAGUAUGCGCGCAUGCACCACCCACGCGUGCUGCGCGCCAGCCGCCACCCACGCGAUACUCUGCCGCCGCAGUGCCACCCGCGCAGUGCUUUCUGCACGCUAGCACCGCCCGCUUUCGUGCUCACGCCAGCACCACCCGCUGUUCUGCACUUAACGCCACCCUGUUUCACUCACGCCAGCGCCGCCCACGCUGUUUCCACGCAUCAGCACCACCCCGCUGUGCUCACGCACCAGCGCCACCCACCGUGCUUUCACGCCAGCACCACCCACGCUGUUAUGCUCACGCACCAGCACCGCCCACGCUGUGGCUGCGCACGCCAGCACCACCCACGCUUUCUUUUUUGCACCAGCGCCGCCACCCGCGCAAGCUGCGCACGCCAGCCGCCGCCCACGCUGUGUGCGCACAUCAGCACCGCCCACGCUGUACUGCUCACCAGCCUCGCCACGCGUUGACUGCUCAACGCCGCCCGCCAUUUCUCUUUCAGCACCGCCACGCUGUUCUGCACGCCGCACGCAUGCUGCACCGCACCAACGCCACUCACACGUCCGCACGCCAGCACCACCCACGCAGUGCUGCCACGCACCAGCACGCCACGCGCCUGCACGCCAGCACCGCCCACGCUUUCAGUGCUGCACGCACCAGCACCACCCACGCUGGUGCUGCGCACGCCAACGCCACCCACGCUGUACGCACGCACCAGCACCACCCACGCUGUUGCUGCGCACCAGCACCACCACGCUUAUUGCUGCACACGCAGCACCCACCCACGCUGUGCUUUCCCUGCACCAGCACCACCCACGCUUAUUGCUUGCACAUCAGCGCCACCCGCGCCUUCGCUUUCAACACCACCCACGCUUUCAUUCUCAGGCGCACCGCCCCACCUUUCAUUCUUCUUGCUGCCCCUUCCACCACGUGUUACUUCGCCCACGCUGUGCUGCACGCCUGCGCCGCCACACUGUUGCUGCACUGCAGCACCAGCGCCACCCACGCUGUUGCUGCACCAGCACCACCCACGCUGGUAACUCGCACCAGCACCGCCACGCUUCCUCACACGCCAGCACCACCCCGCUGUUCUCACGCACCAGCACCGCCCACGCGUGUUUCACACGCCAGCACCACCCACGCUGUGCUGCCGCACGCCAGCCUGCCACGCUUUAACUGCGCAGCACCGCCGCGCGCAGUCUGCACGCCAGCGCCACCCACGCCCCAGUGGCGCCGAGUAAGCCCCGCCGCAUCUUUCUGCCGUAUUCACGCUUCCUGCGCCGGCAGCACCCGCAUCUGCACGCACCAGCCCGCCGCCACGCCGGUGCUGCACGCACCAGCCACGCCGCCCACGCUGUUAAGCACUGGCGCCACCCACUUUGGCUGCGCACCACCGCCUGUUGCACGCAUCAGCACCGCCCACGCCCAGGCCUUCACACGCACCAACCUGCUACGCUGUUUUCACGCACCAACCACCCACCAGUACUGCACGCAUCAGCCGCACCCACGCGCGUUUGCACGCACCAGCACCACCCACGCUGUUCUGCUGCCGCCAGCACCACCCACGCGCAUUCUGCACGCACCAGCACCACGCUCCCAGCUGAUGCUUUCUGCCGCACCAGCACCACCCACGCUGGUGUGCGCGCACCAGCACCGCCCACGCUGUUCUGCGCAACCAGCCGCCCACGCGUUUCUGCGCCAAGCACCGCCCACGCUUCGUCAGCUGCGCACGCAGCGCCACCCACGCAGUGGCUUUGCACGCCUAACACCACCCGCUGUUUUCCGCCUCACCAGCACCACCCACGCUGUGCUGCACGCAGCACCGCCCACGCUGUUUCCUCACGCCAGCACCACCCACGCUGUUAUGCACAUCAGCACCACCCACGCGUGCUGCGCACGCAGCACCGCCCACGCUUGGCUGCACGCAGUGCCGCCCACGCGUGCUGCACGCACCAGCACCACCCACGCUGUGCUCACACGCAGCACGCCACCCACGCUGUUUUCUGCACGCAGCGAGCACCACCACGCUGUUUCCGCUCACCAGCCCACCACCGCUGUGCUGCGCACGCCAGCGCCGCCCACGCUGUUUCACUCCGCCAGCACCGCCCGCGCUGGUUAUGCCGCACGUCGGCGCCACCCACGCUCUUCUGCACGCGUCAGCACCACCCACGUGGCCUUUCACGCACCAACCGCCACCCUUUGCUGGUAG